CAUUCUUAUUUUGAAAAUGAUUUUAUUUAAAGUAAAAGUUUUAAUUUUAAUACUUGUUGGUGUAAAAAGUGAAGAUUUAUCAAUUGGAUCGAAAUGCCAGGCAAAUGAUGGUUCUGAAGGAAGUUGUGUUGGUAUUGACAGCUGCAAUAUAAUCCGAGAUAAUUUAAGAAAUGACACAAUUCAAAUGAAUCAAGUCGUUGUAUGUAAUAAAUUGAUGAGAUAUGUCUGUUGUCCUGCUGAAACAUCAUUCUUCAGUUCUCGAUUAAAUUUGGAUAGAUUAUCUUCAUGGAACCUAAUUGAGGAUGGUCCAAGAGCUUGUGGAAAACCUGUAAUUGGAUUUGGUACUGUUUUUUAUGGAACUCAAAUUAAACGUGGAGCAUAUCCAUGGAUUGCAGCACUCACCAAGACCGAAAAUGACCGAUUCUUCUGCGGUGGAACUAUUGUGUCAAAAAACAUUGUUAUUACGGCUGCUCAUUGCAUCGAGGGUAAACAAAGAAAUCAUGUCUUUGAUCCAAAAGACAUAUUCGUCAUUCUCGGUGCUCACAAUUUGGAAGCACGUCAUGAACCUGAUAGGGUUACAGCAAGUGUUCGGGCUAUUCAUGUUCAUCAUGACUGGAAUCCAUUCGUAGUAUCAUUUGAUGCUGACAUUGCAAUUCUUGAAUUGGCAAAUAAUGUUAAUUUUAAUGAAUUCAUUCAACCGAUCUGCAUAGCUGCACCAAAAUCAGAGGCUGCAUUAAAAACAGAUGGUGUGGUUGUCGGUUUUGGACGAAGUGAAAAUAGGAGAAUUGAAAAUAUUGCCAGAGUUAUAACUUCACCAAUUCAUAGUCAUCAGUUCUGUGCUAAUAGUUCCGAUCAUGAAACAUUGUUAACACAUCGAACAUUCUGUGGAGGUUUUGCUAAUGGAACUAGUGUUUGUGAGGGCGAUAGUGGAAGUGGAUUGAUAGUUAAACACAAUGGAGUUUAUUAUCUUCGUGGAAUAGUUUCAGCAUCACUUUAUGAUACUCUUAUUGGAUGUAAUAUCAAUUCUUAUUCAAUUUACACGGAUACUUUAGAAUUUUAUAGUUGGAUUACAACUGGUACAGACGAUAAGGUCUUGCUUCAAAAGACUUUGGAGGAAAAUCGAAAGUUGCAAUUAGACAUUAAUAGAUAUGUUGCGACAAUUCAGGAAUUAAAGGAAGAAAUUAGAAUUUCAAAAGCGAAUUUAACAACAACUUUAAAUUCAAUUGUUUCUGAAGAGUAUGUUCAACCAGAAAAUAGGCAAGAUCAAUUUGAUUGGAAAUUAACAAAGGCUUUUCUUAAGUCGCAAUCUGGCAAUGCAUUAAUUUCACCGUUAGGAUCUAAAUUGUUAUUGACCUUGCUAGCAGAAGCAGCAGGACAGACAUAUGAAACUAAAACAAGAACGGAAUUAGAACAAGUUUUGCCAAACAACAGGAAUCUUUAUGAUGCUAAGGAAUACUUUAAGAAGGUUUUGGCAUCAAUCGGUACUCUCAAUGAUGCUUAUCGCGUCAAUUUCGCCUCAAAAAUCUAUGUAGAUAGAACCUUUAAAAUUAGUCAGAGAUUCAGUUCCAUUGCUGAAUACAAUUAUAAUGCCAAUGUUACUAAUUUAGAAUUCAAUGAUGCUCAUAAUUCAGCAAAAAUAAUCAAUGACUGGGUUAAGGAUGUAACAAGAGGAAAUAUUAAAGAUUUAGUGUCAGAAGAUGCAAUCCAAAAAUCAAUUCUCGUCCUCAUCAAUGCUCUCUACUUUGAAGGCACAUGGAGAUUCCCAUUCAAUAAGACAAUCUCAAGAGAUUUCUUCACAGCACCAGGAAGAAAGACAGCUAAGAAAUUCAUGGAACAGACAUCAAACUUUUACUACUUCUACUCACGUCAUUUGAAUGCCAAGAUCCUUAGAAUCCCAUAUGAAGGAGGUAGAUUCUCGAUGUUCAUUAUUUUGCCAUCAGAAGUUGACGGAAUUGACGAUGUUGUUGAUAAGCUUGAUUCAAAUACUCUUAAGAAUGAAGUCUGGCAUAUGGAUGAGUAUAUAAUUCAUGUUGCUAUUCCUACGUUCAAGUUCGACACAUCAAUUAACUUGAAUAACAUUACUAAAAGUUUGGGGAUCACGGAAAUUUUUGAAAGCACUACGAAUUUUCCAUUACUCUCUAGGGGAAACGAAGAAGGAAAAUUGAAGGUUUCAAAUAUAAUUCAAAAAUCAGGAAUAGUUGUUGACGAAAAGGGCAUUAUCAAUCACUUAAUUCCAGAACAAAAAGUAUCAGGGUGUCGGCCUAAAGAAUUCAUCGCAGAUCAUCCUUUCGUAUUCUUUAUUGAAGAUGAUACAACUGGUGCGAAAAUAUUAGCCGGCAGAGUUUCGAAUCCAGAAUACUAAAGUUAUAAUUCAAAUUCACAUUCUUUGAUUGUUAAAACCUUAACCAAAAACCACAAAAACAUUGAAGCAUUCAAGAUUUUUCAUAAAACAUCACUGGAAAAUGUACAACAUCGCAUUUUCCUUAAUAGGCUUAAUUUGUUGCUGUUUAUUUUAAAAAUACUGUAUUUUAUUUUUCUAAUAAAACUUUAUAAUAAUAAGACAUAAAAUCACACUCAAAUGGGUAUAAAUUCAGUUCCAAUUGAAAGCUUUUGAUUGAGCACUUUUUGACUAAAACUGUUGCUAAUAUUUGUUAUAAUCCUUUAUUUAUGCAAUGAAAAUCACGGCGGAACAGAAGAAAUAUGAAUAAAUUGAUAUUAAUCUAGUCGGUUUUAAUUCAAAUGAGUACUGUUUGCCUAAAGGUCUUGCUAAGACACCACUAGUGCAAAUAAUUUUAUAUAAUGUUAACAGUUCAGAAUUUUCAGUAUCAAUUGAGCUGUUAAGAUCAUUACCUUCAAGAGAGAUUUUGUACCGAUUUGCACAGAGUUAAAAAUGCAAUUUUGUAUAAAAUAAUAAAUAAAAUGAGCAAAUAAAUACUUCAGUUGAUCAAGGUCAAAAGUCAAAGCAUAACUCAAUCCUAAAAUUCUACAAUUCUCCAUUUGUCCAUUCAAAUGCACUCAAAACACCACAAGGGACCUUAGAGUAGCAAAAUCCUAAGUAGAUCUACCCGAAAAGCAACAAGAAAAAACCAUAAAUGAGCACAAAACAUAAAAACUUACAGCACAAACAUUUUUUAGUCUUUCCCAUGUGUGCAGAAUUGGUGAAAAUAGAGACGAAAACUCGUUAAUG